CCGGGCGGGACGGCGCUCCUGGCGGCCGCGCACCCACCGCACCGCGCCGCGCGCCGAGCUCCGGGGCCAUGGACGAAGCGCGGCCCCUGUGGGCCACCCCGCUGCAGUUCGUGUUCGCCUGCAUCUCGUACGCCGUGGGCCUGGGCAACGUGUGGCGCUUCCCCUACCUGUGCCAGAUGUACGGCGGAGGUAGUUUCCUGGUGCCCUACGUCAUCAUGCUCGCCGUGGAGGGCAUGCCGCUCCUGUACCUGGAACUGGCCGUGGGGCAGCGCAUGCGCCAGGGCAGCAUCGGCGCCUGGAGGACCAUCAGCCCCUACCUCAGUGGCGUUGGCGUGGCCAGUGUGGUGGUGUCCUUCUUCCUCUCCAUGUACUACAAUGUCAUCAACGCCUGGGCCUUCUGGUACCUCUUCCACUCCUUCCAGGAUCCCCUGCCGUGGUCCGUGUGCCCACUGAAUGGUAACCGUACGGGCUACGAUGAGGAGUGUGAGAAGGCUUCCUCGACGCAGUACUUCUGGUACCGGAAAACCCUCAACAUCUCGCCGUCCAUCCAGGAGAGCGGGGCGGUGCAGUGGGAGCCGGCACUGUGCCUCAUCCUGGCCUGGCUCCUGGUGUACUUGUGCAUCCUGCGGGGCACGGAGUCCACCGGCAAGGUGGUGUACUUCACUGCGUUGCUGCCCUACUGCGUGCUCAUGAUCUACCUGGUCAGGGGCCUCACGCUCCACGGAGCCACCAACGGCCUGGCAUACAUGUUCACUCCCAAGAUGGAGCAGCUGGCCAACCCCAAGGCCUGGAUCAACGCAGCCACCCAGAUCUUCUUCUCGCUCGGCUUGGGGUUCGGCAGCCUCAUCGCCUUCGCCAGCUACAACGAGCCCUGCAACGACUGCCAGAAGCACACCGUCAUCGUGUCCAUCAUCAACAGCUCCACCUCCAUCUUUGCCAGCGUCGUCACCUUCUCCAUCUACGGCUUCAAGGCCACCUUCAACUACGAAAGCUGCUUGAACAAGGUGAUUCUGCUGCUGACCAAUUCUUUCGACCUUGAAGAUGGCUUUUUGACAGUCAGCAACCUGGAGGAGGUGAAAAGUUACCUGGCGUCUGCCUACCCCAGCAAGUACAGCGAGGUGUUCCCACAGAUUAAAAACUGCAGCUUGGAAUCGGAGCUGGAAACGGCUGUCCAGGGCACCGGCCUGGCUUUCAUCGUCUACACGGAGGCCAUUAAAAACAUGGAGGUGUCCCAGCUGUGGUCGGUGCUCUACUUCUUCAUGCUGCUGAUGCUGGGCAUUGGAAGCAUGCUGGGGAACACGGCCGCCAUCCUCACCCCUCUGACCGACAGCAAGGUCAUCUCCAGCUACCUGCCCAAGGAGGCAAUCUCAGGUCUGGUGUGCCUCGUCAACUGUGCCAUCGGCUUGGUGUUCACCAUGGAGGCCGGCAACUACUGGUUCGACAUCUUCAACGACUACGCUGCCACGCUGUCCCUGCUGCUCAUUGUCCUGGUGGAGACGGUCGCCGUGUGUUACCUGUACGGACUGAGGCGAUUCGAAAGCGACCUGAAGGCUAUGACUGGACACGCUCUGAACUGGUACUGGAAGGCCAUGUGGGGCGGCGUGAGCCCGCUGCUCAUCAUCAGCCUCUUCGUCUUCUACCUGAGUGACUACAUCAUCACGGGGACCCUGCAGUACCAAGCCUGGGACGCCUCCCAGGGCCAGCUUGUGACCAAGGACUACCCACCGUAUGCACUGGCCAUCAUUGGGCUGCUCGUGGCCUCCUCUACCAUGUGCAUCCCCCUGGGGGCCCUGGGGACUUUCAUCGUGCGCCACCUCAAGCGGGGAGACACAGCCUCCGUGGCCUGAGAGCUGGGCUUCCCCGAGACUGCCGUCAGCUGCUCACUAUCUUACAGCUACUUACGUACAGAUGGAGCCAGCAGCCUCAGCUGCUUUUGGAAGUAUUGACUCCGGAAGCACUCAGCCCAUCGUCUUCUCUAGAAAGGAUUAGGAAGGUGAAAAGAAAGAAGACUCCCUCAGGAGGACACACACCCUGCUCACCGAGCCACCCCGCCCACCCCCCCACCUCCCCCAGAGUCACACGGUGCUUCCUACCUGUCACCACGGAGGCAGAAUUCUCACGGCCAGUCUUGAAGACAACUGCUUGACUCUAGCAAAGUCCUAGAAGUAGGGCACACCGGGAGCUGAAAUUUGACUACAGUUUUUAUGGGAUAAAAUUUAAGGAAUUUUUUUUUUUUCUGAAGAGAUCCCAAAAUACUAGCAGGCAUUCAUUUUUAGAGAAUUUUGAAAAGGAGUUUUUUAACUAAGAUGACUAAUCUGAAUGUCAUCAAUGCAAAAUUAGUUCUUUUUUCAGUCACAGUGAACCUGCAAUCACUGUGUUCUCCUUUGCUAAUAGGAUUGACUGGCCAUAAAGAAAGAAGGCCUUUGUUUGUUUGGAGCUCACAAAAGGAGUCACUUUUCCCUAAUCUGAGGCCUCUCAGUGGGUCCAAGACCAGUCCUCUCUACGAACAACCCCAAACCACCUUCGGCGCUGGUGUCUCACGGCACUGAAGAGCUGCCAGAGCCUCUAUGAGGAUGAAAGUGAAGCUAGCUUUCCCAUAGACCUAAGGUUAUAUUUGGAUAUGAUGACCAACUCUUUAUAGGAAAGACCAUGACCAUAACUUAGUUUUAAAUUAUUUAUCUGUACAUAAGUUUUCUAAAAUGUAUAGAAAGAUGGCUCUCAAACAGAACACCCAGUAAGUGAAGACACACUAUUUAUCAUACAGCACUAGUCCACCUUGUAAACGUCUCCUGUCUUUUAACUGCAAUAAGUAGGUCAAGGUUAUCCCAGAAGUGAGGAGGUCCCUUACUGCUCUAACAUUCCUGAAUUCCAUGUUCUCACUGAAGCACACAAAGUUUCUUUGAGUAGAUUUGUACAGACAUCUUUAAAGACACUUAAACAUUCACCUGGGAAAUCAGCUAGAGAUGGCUUGUCUUUUAAAACUUCGUUUUCAUGCCAUAAACUUCCCUAUAACAAGAAUAGGCAUUAGAAAGGUCUUAGGCAGUCUUGAACUUCCAGCUUCACCUGAUGCCCAUAAAAAGACCACUUGGUGGUGUUAGGUAAGCUGGACAGCCACAUGUAAGUCAAUGAAGUUAGAACACACCCUCACCCCAUAUACAAAAAUAAACUCAAAAUGGCUUAAAGACUUAAAUAUAAGACACAACACCGUAAGACUCCUAGAAGAGAACAUAGGUAAAGCAUUCUCUGACAUAAAUCGUACCAAUGUUUUCUUAGGUCACUCUCCCGAGAGAACAGAGAUAAAAGCAAAAAAUAAACAAAUGGGACCUAAAUGAACUUAAGCUGUUACACAGCAAAAGAAACCAUAAACACAACAAAAAGACAACCUAUGGACUGGAAGAAAAUAUUUGCAAAUGAUGUUACCAACAAGGGCUUAAUUUCCAAAAUAUACAAACAGCUCAUACAAGUCAACAACAAAAAAUAAACAACCCAAUCCAAAAGUGGGCAGAAGACCUAAAUAGACAUUUCUGCAAAGACAACAUACAGAUGGCCAACGUGCACAUGAAAAGAUGCUCAACAUCACUAAUUAUUAGAGAAAUGCAAAUCAAAACUACAAAUCAAAAUGUCACACACCAGUCAGAAUGACCAUCAUUAAAAAGUCUACAAAUAACAAAUGCUGGAGAAGGCGUGGAGAAAGCGGAACCAUCCUACACUGUUGGUAGGAAUGUAAACUGGUGCAGCUACUAUGGAAAACAGUAUGGAGGUUCCUCAAAAAACUAAAAAUAGUUGCCAUAUGAUCCAGCAAUACCACUCCUGGGCAUGUAUCCAGACAAAACUAUAAUUCAGAAAGAUAGAUACAGGCACCCCUAUGUUUACAGCAGCACUAUUUACAAUAGCCAAGACAUGGAAACAACCGAAAUGUCCAUCAACAGAUGAAUGGAUAAAGAUGUGGUACAUACCUACAAUGGAAUAUUACUGAGCCAUAAAAAAGAACGAAAUCAUGCCAUUUGCGGCAACAUGGAUGGACCUAGAGAUGAUCAUACUAAGUGAAGUAUGUCAGAAAGAGAAAGACAAAUACCAUAUGAUCUCACUUAUAUGUGGAAUCUAAAAUAUGAUACAAGUGAACUUAUCUGAAACAGAAACAGACUCACAGACACAGAGAACAGACGUGUGGUUGCCAAGGAGGAGGGGGGGUGGGGGGAAGGAUGGAUUGGGAGGCUGGGAUUAGCAGAUGCCAACUAUUAUAUAUAGAAUGGGUAAACAACAAGGUCCUACUCUAGCACAGGGAACUAUAUCCAAUAUUCUGUGAUAAACCAUAAUGGAAAAGAAAAAAAAAAAAUCACUUGGCUUUAAAAUGCAUGAACCAGCAUUUACUUACCACAACUAGUCAGUCCUCCGAUUUCUCAUCAGAGGGUUCUUCGGUGUCAGAAAACCUCAGCUAUCAAGGCUUGGAGAGUGAGCACACUCGGCAGCAAAUACACAGCACAGAGUCUGUUCCUGAAUCCUUACGGGUCACAGCCUCCGAGCCCCCAGCCCUGGUCACUGUCUUACAACAGGGGCCGCCCCUCGGGGGUUGGUCAUCACCUGGGUAUUUCAGCCCUGAAUGCUAGGUAUCCUCAGGAGCGUAGACACAAAUGUUGUUCUAGAGCGGCUCUUUAAUUCACAGUUGCUGUACUUCAGUGGUCCUCCACCUCAGUGUCCAUUCAAACCACCCGGGAGCAUUUAAACUCCUGGUGUCCAGGCCACGCCCUGGAACCUGCCAAAUCUGAGAACCGGGGCCCUAUUUAAGAGAGAAGGAAAAUGUGUCAUAUAUUUAGGCACACUUACAUCGAAAGUGACCUUUAAAAUUUUGAAAGCACUUUUGAGCAUUUCUAAUUGUAUGGAAAAGUUACUUCUCCAGAAUAAUUUUUGCUCACAGAACUCAAAUAGAUGAAGUCCCAUUAUUAUAGACUAAUGUGCUCCAGAUGAAAAUGUCUCCAGCUUGGGUUCAGUUUUAUUCUGCUUCCUGAGAACGCAUGAAGAGCAGAACAUUUCAUAGUAAUCCUCUUGAACCACUAAGUCCUGUUUCAAAAGAUUCUUUGAAUUCUUUGACUAUUUUCUAGGGACUGCACAAAAGCAGUCAUCUUAACAUUUGUCCACCCUCUUCCAAUAAGCUGGAGAGAAAAAGGCACGUUCCAUCCCUGUGCCCUUAGCAGUACAAUGACAUUAGAGCCAGACACGGACUCCAGAAAGCUUUCUGAUUAUACUAAAAACACACCUACUCUUCACUUAGUUCUAAAGAAUCAGGUAGGGAAAUGUUUGGUUUUUUUUUAGCAAUUGUCAUAAAUAAAACCCUAAAUAAAUAUAUCUCUAGGUCUUUUUGGUCACUUAUGAAAUGUAGUUUUGUUUUGAGACCUCUCAACCCAAGAUUUUCCCUCCUUAUGUAAACAUACUAGCUAAUUUUGAAAAAAAAAAGAAAAUAAAGGAGAAUCCAUCUGG